AUGCAGUAUGCUGUAAAAGAAGCAGCAAGGCACAUGUCGCAGCCAAGGGAGUGCGACAUGAAGGCAGUGAACACACUUGCAGCCUAUCUGCAAAGUCAUCUCGCAGCUGGCCGUGUGGUGACAUGUGAUCCGCCAGGAAAAGAUGGCGAUCGGGCUGUACUCCGACUCAGACUGGGCAGGGUCUCUCGAGAGCAGGGCAAGCACCGACUGCCAUGUGGCUAUAGUCUGUGGAGCUGUGGUUGCUCGCACAACCCACACGCAACCCGAACUGCCAGCUACCAGCAGCCCAGAUGCGGAACUGAGACGUUUUUCAGAGCAGCCAGGGAAGCCAUUUACCUGCGCGAUCUCAUCGCCUUAGACUUUGGCCAAUUGUGCGGGAAGCGGGCGGACAGUUCAUUGGUGCAGGCAUCCAAGUGCAUAGGUCUCCACUCUGACCAAGCAGCAUGCAUGGAAAACCUCUUCGAGCAAAACUCCACCACUGAGCUGGAAGCUCCGCCUGGGAGGGCAGACAGUCCUCCGGACUACUUCGAAAGGAUGAGUGCGAACGAGCUCCAGCAGUGGCGUGAAGCCGAAGACAGAUUCGUGGGGGUCAGAGUGGAACAUUCCAACUAUGGCGACGGCAGUCCUUUCUCUGGCCACAGCUAG